UUGAGCUCAAUUUCCACUUCAAAUUUUUCAGUAUGAGAAAACAAAAAGCAUAAAAUAAUUUGCUUCUUUCGGUAGUGAUUGAUCUUUAAGUAAAUUCUUCCUUUUUUUGUUUUGUUUUUAUCCAAUUUCAAACUUUAAUAUAAUUCUUAUAAUCCUCUGCUUUUAAAAUUUUUUUUUCUCAGAUAAAACAAUCAAAUUUUCUCUUCCCAAAACGAAAAUCAACCGUGAUCUAGCGAUCCGAUCCAUCCCAUCUGAUGAUUAGUUUCCAAUCAAAGCAUCAACCGCAAUUCAAUUUCUCAAUUCUCCUCCCUACCGAUGCUUUCUUUAUUAUUUGCUUUAAUUGCUUAAGAUUUCGCCUCAAAAUUUGAUCUUUUCUUCUUUGGUUUUUUCAAUCAAAAUCCUAAAUUCCCUCUUUCCUUUUCAAAAAAUUUCUUUUUUUUUCAAUGGCCGAUCGGAAUAGGUUAUUUUCGAUCGAGGACUUACCAUCCCAUUUAAUUUUGGAAAUCCUAACGUCCGGUCAACGGUUAAGUGCCAUUGACCUGGUGUCGCUGGAGUUGACGUCGAGAACAUUCGGAGGGAGUCACGGGGUUUACCCGACGAAAUUCAGGUCGCUGGUUGAUUUAGCGGCGUUUCAGCUAUGCACAACGAAUGGGUUAUAUAUAGGGAUGAGUUGGAGUAGUCAAAUGGAGGUUUUUGAAAGGUGUGAUAGGAAUUGGAAAAGAGUUUUGAGGUUUUUGCAGUCAGUGGAGCAAUCUUCGGAUAUGGUCCAAACCUCUGCAGGCAAUAUGCAGGUAACAACCGGAAGGUAUCACACAUUGCUAAUUAGCAACUCAUCAGUGUACUCUUGUGGUUCGAGUUUGUGUGGUGUCCUUGGACAUGGUCCUGAAACAACACAAUGUGUUGCAUUUACAAGGAUUAACUUCCCUUCUACAGCUAAUGUGGUCCAGGUGUCAGCUUCUCAAAAUCAUGCUGCAUUCAUUUUGCAGUCUGGAGAGGUUUUCACAUGUGGAGACAAUUCAUCUUUUUGUUGUGGCCACAGAGAUACAAGCCGCCCCAUUUUUAGACCAAGGCUUGUCGAAGCAAUGAAGGGAAUUCCUUGUAAAGAGGUAGCUGCUGGACUGAAUUUUACUGUGUUCCGUACAAGACAAGGCCAUGUUUAUACAUGUGGAACUAACACACACGGCCAGCUGGGUCAUGGUGACACUCAAGACCGGCCAACCCCAAAAAUGGUUGAACUGCUUGUGGGAGUUGGCUCUGUAGUUCAGAUUGCCGCUGGUCCAAGCUAUGCAUUAGCUGUAACUGACAAUGGAGCAGUUUACUCUUUUGGUUCUGGCUCUAAUUUUUGUCUUGGCCAUGGAGAGCAACAAAAUGAGUUCCAGCCACGUGCAAUCCAGACAUUUAAGAGAAAGGGUAUUCAUGUUCUUCGUGUCUCUGCUGGUGAUGAGCAUGUUGUGGCUCUUGAUUCCAGUGGAUAUGUAUAUACCUGGGGAAAAGGUUACUGUGGUGCAUUAGGCCAUGGAGAUGAAAUCGAUAAGACUCUUCCAGAACAAUUGAUCAGCCUUAAGAGUCGGCUUGCUGUGCAGGUUUGUGCAAGAAAGAGGAAAACAUUUGUUCUGGUUGAUGGUGGUUCUGUCUAUGGCUUUGGGUGGAUGGGAUUUGGAAGCCUGGGGUUUCCAGACAGACGCGUAUCUGAUAAAGUUAUGAGACCAAGAAUCCUUGAUAGUUUGAGAAGUCACCAUGUUUCUCAGAUUAGCACAGGUCUGUAUCACACUGUGGUGGUAACUAACCAGGGGAGGAUGUUUGGAUUUGGGGACAAUGAGCGAGCACAACUAGGCCAUGACAAAUUGAGGGGUUGCCUUGAACCUACAGAGAUUUUUAUUCAGGAAACGGAAGAAGAAACAACUCUUCUUUCAGAAAGCAGAUGAAAUGCAAUGAACUUAACAUCUGCCUUUGUGGAGGUUCGCAUUGUGUUCUCAUUCCAGAAGUGAAACACUGUUUCCCCCCUCAUAAAAUUUCUUGUAGAAUUACAUGAAACAUGAAUUGUAACUGUGCACGCUGGUUACCAACUGUUGUAUUUUUGAAAGUUGAAUUUGUAGCUCAUGAUGAUUGCUUUCUCCCCUGCUUUUAUCGAUUUUUAUCUUGAAGUUUACCUAUUUGAAUUCAGAAGGUUGUUUUGAUCUUUAUUUCCCGUUUUCUUCUCUUGCA